AUGCCUCGCACGACGGCCUCUGACGAUGGCUCUUCGCACUAUUCGCCCACCUCUGCCGUGUCAACUCCUGCAUGGGCUCCGCCACGGACCCCACUUACUCCUCACAAGCUCGCCAAGCUAGCCAACGCCUUGGGUGUAUCGACCCCUCUUCCUGCGAUAUCUUAUAGCGCCACCCUGACCACCUCACCGCUGGUCCCUGCUUCGUCACUGUCGCCGUCGUCUUCGGAUUACCUUCGACGCUCCCCUUCACCUUCCGCAGCAUCAGUGCAGAGCUUCGCCUCUACUGCGUCAUCAACGAAGUAUCUGCUUCACGUAAUUCCCCCUGCCCAUUUACCGCACGAGUCUGAUGCGCUUGACGAACCUGACCUUCUCCUACCACCAUUCGGUGCAUCGGGUUACCAUAUGCAGUUCCGUCGUGGCAUCCUUGUUCCUGUGUAUUCGACGCUGUCGAGUCAGCUAGCGGCCAUCGCGAAGGAAUACGCGCUGCCGAGCACGGUCGGCCUAGUUUUAUACCUCAUCCUCACGUCUGGGCAACCCUCGAGUGGAUGCCCCGAUGAUGGCACUGAACAUGACGAGCCAGGUCCACGCAUAUCUGAAGACAGUUGGAGACGCAUAUGGCACCGCGUCGUUAAGGCAGAGAAAGAGGAUAGCCUGCCGGCAGGUCCUCGACCCAUCGGCCUGGGACUCGCAGCAUCAUCACCAGCAGCCACCUCAUCGUUGCAAGACUCCUCUAAUUCGUCUCUACGGCCAUUUCUGUCACCCGGAAAGGUGGAUCCGCCCUUGUCUGCGAUCUCGAUGACUCCCACUCCGUCGACAGCCUCCCAUUCCGUUUUCUCCUCGCAAUCUGGGAUUGAACCCCCAGAAUCCGUGUCUUCGGUCUCCGAUAUGGAAGGCCACGAACUGAUCCUAUCAGGCUUGCAUUCGCCCGCGUUGAUACCUAUCCUUGCGAAGUUUGAGUUCGACAUCGACCGCCAGAAGGCCUCAUGGUACGAGCCGUGGCUGAGGAGCAGGAAAGUCAAUCAGGCAAAGCGUGCGGCAAGUAGAUUGGAGUCCAGAUUACGAGCCCAAUCACGAUCAGAGAAGAGUGAAGAUGUUGGAGGCGAGGCUGAGGAAAGGAGUGCCCCAUUUGAUCUGGAGCUAGUAACACGGAUGAGGGAGACCGAGUCUGUACCUGCCUUCCUGCGUGAGCUUCGCGCAGAUGUUGCUGAUGUCCACGAGGAGGGUUACACCCAGCUCGAGGAUGAGGAGGAGGAGGAGGAGGAGGAGGAAGAUCAUGAAGAGACCGACCCGGCCGCUCAGCUCCACGUCGACGCGCAUGGCGACCCAUUAGCGGAUGUCUUUGGCAACGAUGUGCAGACUUGGUCAGACCUCCAUUCUGAGUCGCAACCCCAUCAGUUUAAACGGCAGACCAAUCGCAAUGUCGUAGACUUGGCUUUGGAUGGCGCGGCCAUGUCAGCUCUCCCGGACGACCUCGAAUCGGACGAGAACGAGGAGUGUAAUGAUGAGGCUGAGGUUGCAGACUUAUGGCGUCGACACUCGCGACCACAACUGGUUGUUUCGAUCCCUUCUUCCCCUGUACCGGACAAGCGUCGGUCAUCGACUACCACGACCGGCACUGUCAAGCGGCAUCCUCCGCCGCCCCUGGACCUGGCACCGUCUAUGCCCUCGAGCGAAGGUAUUGCCGUGCAGGGUAGCCCAUUCGCGCCGAGCAGACCUGGCAGUAUGGCAUUUGUCGAUGACGCCGUUCCUGCGAGGUCAAUUGAGGAGCUGACCGAAGAUGUGCACGAGCCGUCGGUCGAGCAUGUCCAGGAUGUCGAGCAGGAGGGGAGCACGAUAGAGAGCCCAGAAUUGGAACAGGGCGAAGAAAUGUCGUUUGACGACCUUGACUUGGGUUUAACCGUGGAUGAAGACAACAUCGAGUACGAUGAGAGUGAUCCGUAUGAUCGUCGGCGUAGUCAAUUCAUCAUGAAGGCCCAGCUUGACGAGAUCGAGAGGAAUCUUGUCGCGCUAUCUCCUAGACGCUUACAAUUGGAUGCCAUAGAUAACCCCCGACGUCCCAGUUUCUCCGCGACGUUGUCGCCGCCACCUCAAUGGGGCGCAUCACCCAAGCCGAUUGCGAAGACCAACCCAUCUUCUCCUUUGCAGGGUGAUUUCACGUCGCUCUUAGCGGGUGCGUUGUGGCCAGCCGUGCCCUACACUGCGCUGAAGAUGAACGGGCAUCUGCCGUCCGAGUCGCGCUCAGGAUCCGAGAGCCGUCCUCCCUCGCCGCCUCGUAUUGCCUUCAACGGGAUAACGACGGAACCGCCGCAAGGCGCGUUGCCCACGCGAUCGCGUUCCGGUACUGUUUCCAAUGAAACGCUGGCACGUCAGCACGACGAUGACUUGUACCCUCCGCUUAUCCCCCCUUCGCUACUGACGAUCCACCGGAACAGUCUCGAUUCUCCUAUCAUCCCUCUCUCUCCUGACCCAUUCGGGCGGUACCCGUCCGAAGCCGAGGCCAGCAGACUUCAUGAAGAAGAACGGCAAUCAAGAAUGCACCAGGAGGGGUCCCAAGCAGCAAAUCCGAGCAGUUCUCGUCCCCCUCCACCCCGAAAAGUGUCUGUAGGAGCCUAUGACCAGUUUGACCCUAAUGACCGACAAAAUGCACAGACACCGUCCAGUCGAUUCUCCAUCGACUCUGUCGCUUCCGACGACACAAAACCCAUGAAAGGAUCGUCCCUCGUAAGUAUGAAAAACAUCAAGAGAUUGUGGAGGAAAACAAACAGCAAGCUGUCGAUAUCGCGACCCGCCACGCCAAUAUCAGAGUCCGGCCGGUCCUCGCCAAACUGGCCAACCUUCCACGAUCAGACUACCAGUCGGCGGACAUCCCGAUCAGUAUCCAAGUCGCCGAGGCCGUUUGAGUAUGGCUCGUCGUCGGACUCGGCACAAUCUCAGCCCAAGCCGCGGCGCAAGUCGAGUAUGCAGUUCAUCCAGGACGCGCGGAACGCGCUCGUGCCCAACCGCACGCCUCCUAUGGAUGGCCCACGCCAGUCAUCGCCAGCGCUCCCUCCACUGCCUCCGUCCGCCGCUCCAUCGCCGUCUGCGUCACCACAGUUCCCGUCCGCUUCGCCGUCGCCCCGGCUGCCGGACACCAAGCAGGGCAGUAUUCGCAAGUCGAUCCUCAAAUCGAUGAAAGGCUCCAGUUCAGGCUCGAGCAUCGAGCUCCUGGGUGAUGGGCAGGUACGGCGCCGGCGACCGAGCAUCAUGGACGGGAGCAUCUUUUCUCCGGGGAGCAUGAAGCACGCGUCAGCUGCGUCGCUCUCCGCUGCGCUCGCUGACAUCCCGCCCAGCCCCGCGCUGCCCGAGUUCGCAGCAAGCCAAAACGUGCUCCGCCACCAGAGCAGCCAGUCGAACAUCCUGAACGGUAACAACAACAAUGGCGGCGGCAGGCGUGGUUCACAGCGCCUGCGGAUGAGCCCGAGCCUGUCAUCUGCGUCGAUCUCGACGGCGGGUUCCUCGUCCGGGGGACAACUCACGCCGGGCAUGUCGCCGCCGCGGCUGGGCGGAGGCGCGCUGAAGCAGCGGCGCUCGGGGUCGAGCUCGAGCUCGUCGAUAGAGAGCCGGCCGAGCGUGGACGUGUCACAGUUUGAGAUCGUGUCGCCCAAGUUGGGUGCGGGCAUGGGGCCCGUGCCCCUCCCUGGCACUCCUGUGAUGGCGGUGCCGUUCCAGUUUCGCGCGUUGGAUCAGUCGAUGGCUACUAUGCGCUGA